GAAUGUGGAAUUGGAAAAUCAAAAGUUGAAAAAAAAUUGGAAGUCCAGCAUCCGGGUUGGCAAAAUCGUAAUCGAUGUUUUUGAAAUCGAGAAACGAUGUUUUCCAAUUCCAGAUUUCCAAAUCGAUGAGGCUGUCGGAUUUGGAAUUCCAUAUACACGACAUUGGUGGCCGUAUGGCGCAUCUUAUUUGGCAGGAAUUAGUUCUGCGCCCAAGACAGUCUAAAAGCGCAUCACUGCGCCCUCUGACGUCACUGCGAGCACUCAUCCCUGUUCCUUAAGUUAACGUGGCAAGCAAAUUAACAUAAACAAACGCAAACCAACAUUUUUGCGAUCUUUUUAACUUUUCAGUUUCCACGUCCGAAUGGAUAAACUAUGCUGCUAAGCGGUUAAAUUCGAUCUGCGAAUUCUGACACCUUUUACAGUUGGAAAGUUAAAUGCAUUCGCGGUGCUUCUGCAGUGAAAAAUGUUAGAUAUCAAAGAACUGAAAUCAGUCAGCGAUUACGAAACUAGCAUCGAUCUGAUACCCGAUGUUGCGAGCAGUCAGAACGGUUCUGGAUUCUCCGAAACCUACCACAGGCAUACCACAUCGCACGAUGGAACUCUUCCGCAUCGCGUUCCUUCACAGUCGCUAUCUGGAGCGGAUUCUCAGGAUGCGCACAAGCAGCGCGAAGAAAACCGUAUAUGCUGCUUUGUGCGCAUUGACCGUUUCCCACCGGCGGCCAAAUUUUUUAUUUGUUCCUUUGGAAUCUUUUUUUGUUUUAUGAUUUAUGGUUACGUUCAGGAGUUAAUGUUUCGGAUAGAAGGAUUCAAAGACUUCGGAUGGUAUCUGACUCUGAUGCAGUUUACUUUCUACACCGUAUUCAGCUACUGCGAGCGCCGCUUAACGAUGAAAGAUAUCCGAAGACGGAUACCGCUGCGAUAUUACGCCAUAAUAGGCUUUCUUGCCAUGGCUACAAUUGGGCUCAGCAAUGUGUCUCUGGCAUAUUUGAAUUAUCCAACGCAAGUAGUGUUUAAGUGCUGCAAAUUGAUUCCGGUUCUAAUUGGAGGGAUCUUGAUACAAGGAAAAAGAUACGGCAUUUUGGACGGAAUGGCCGCAUGCUGCAUGAGCAUUGGUUUAAUAUUUUUUGUUCUGGCCGACAAUAAAGUCCAACCGAAUUUCGAUGUAACAGGUGUGAUAUUGGUAUCUCUUGCACUUAUUGCCGAUGCUGCCAUCGGAAAUAUUCAAGAAAAAGCCGUCCGCAUAUAUCACGGUUCUACUCUGGAAGUUGUUUACUUCACUCAUUUGAUUGGCGGCCUCUACAUACUAGUGGGCUUGCUGUUAUCGGGAGAAUUAUUCCAAGCUUUUUCGUAUUGUUGGGAGCAUCCAAAAUUUUACGCCUACGCAACACUUUUCGGGAUCACCGGUUAUGUUGGAGUGCAAAUGGUUUUAACCAUGGUGAUAUCGUUUGGGGCAUUUAUUGCCAUGAGUGUUACGACAUUCCGGAAAGCCUUGUCGAUUGUGGUGUCUUUCAUUGCGUUCACGAAACCCUUUACACUACAGUAUUUAUGGGCGGGAUUUAUAAUUUUGUUUGGUAUUUAUCUAAACGUGUACAGCAGAAAUCAGCAGGAGAUGAAAUCUUAUUCUGCGAAUAUUAUUAGCAGAAUCCGGUAUUUGUUCUGUUUUCUGGCGCCAAGGAGGCGCCAUCCUACCCGUGAAUAUUCUCAAGUCGUAUAGAUUUUUCAUUUUUGUAUGUGCUAUAGUUUUUCGUUAUAAAUUGCUUUAAUUUAUUUGGAUGAUCUGUAUGGGCCCUAAUAAUUUUCUUUUCCGUUUUGUUAAGGUUAAGUUGCCUGGAAGAAAUAAAAUACAAUUACCGGUGAA